AUGCAUCCCUCGUCGAACCCUAGAUAUCACCAGCCGGGCCAAGACCCGUCGCAACAGCGCCGGUCUUACGGGGGCGGCGCCGCAGCCGAUAGAUUCCGACCAUCGCCAAUUAACACGUCGGCUGCGGCUGCGGCAAGGGGCAUGAGUGGCUCGGCUGCCUACAGUGGCUACUACCAGGACACGGCACCAAACACUUUCCCCGCGGCGACUGGGAUGCCGCAGGGCGCCAUGGGCUAUCACCAGCCAGCGGCAGAUUACGGUCAAGACGCGCGCCAAACCCAGGGCUUUGCCAACGCGUACAACCAGGCCAGUAUGAUGUACAAUGUCCCACAAGCAAGCACGCAAAGCUCCGUCUACGAUACGAGUCACCAGUUCUCCUCUCGGCAGCCCGCAGCGUUGCAGAUGAUGGCGACGGAUGUGACGGCCCCGUACUUCCAAAGCGAGCCAGCCAAUGCGGCCGCAGCGCAAGGCAUCCCGCCGCAAACAGCCUCUGCUGGCGCCUCGGCGGGGGUAUAUCAACAAGGACAAGCCGACAGGUCGAGCAUGCUGCAGAGUUAUGCUGGCCAGAUGGCUUCGAUGGGAGGCAUGGGCUCUCAACAACAACAACAACAAGCGUCAACAGCCUCUGCCGCCGACACCAGCAUGGAAGAGCAAGAGUACAGAGCACCGGGCGGGCUUGAAGAAGCCUAUGCCUCCUAUCAGACUGCGCUGAAGGAGAUCUUCCAAAAUAUCAUCAACGGUGUGUUGGCGUCGGCUAGCGACAGUCUCCUCAACGUUUCCGACUGGCUCCUUUCCCACGUUGCUGAGCUGGGCCUCAACAUGGACGAUCAAAGCCUCCACGCAGACCGUAUCAAGCUAUGGAACGACUUCAACCACGCAUGGCUGGCUCUCUUGCAAAAACAAAAGGACAUGAUGGAGUCGGGACAGCAGUUGCAGCGAUCCCAAAGCCUUGUGUCUCAAGAGAGCCUCGAGAAGAUGGGCAAGGAGCUUGUGCGCCUCUGCGAUGGUAUCGAGCGCCACGGGCUGGUCGACUACCAGUACGGGGUUUGGGAGGAGCAAAUCAUUGCGAUCCUCACAGAGUGCCUAGACCUGUACGAGACACCCGGUGCCGGCGGAGAUGCUGCAGGCUCGACUUCGCACCGCGCGUAA